AUGGCAUCCUCCGGUCUCAUCUCCGAUACACAGCCAUGGAAGGACCUGAAGGUGCAUGUGGAGGACAUCAAGAAGACGCAUCUUCGCGAUCUAUUGACCGAUGAUAAGCGGUGCCAGUCCAUGCUCGUUGAGUUCGAUGACAUUCUGUUGGACUAUUCGAGGCAACAAGCCACUUCCGGAACUAUCCAGAAGCUAUUUGAAUUGGCCGAGGCUGCAUCGCUCAAAGAAAAGAUUAACCGCAUGUACAGCGGGGAACAUAUAAACAGCACGGAAAACAGGUCAGUACUUCACGUCGCCCUUCGGGCUUCAAGGGAUGCUGUCAUACAAAGUGAUGGGAAAAAUGUUGUACCAGAAGUUUGGAAAGUUCUUGACAAGAUCCAGGAGUUCUCUGAGCGGGUUCGCAAUGGCUCUUGGGUUGGUGCUACAGGGAAGGCUUUGAAGGACGUUGUUGCUAUUGGUAUUGGGGGAAGCUUCUUGGGUCCACUGUUUGUACACACGGCACUUCAAACAGACCCUGAAGCUAUUGAAUCUGCAAGGGGUCGUCAGCUGCGCUUUCUUGCAAAUGUUGAUCCUAUUGACGUUGCUAGAAAUAUCACAGGAUUAAAUCCUGAAACAACACUUGUUGUGGUCGUUUCAAAGACUUUUACAACAGCUGAAACCAUGCUAAAUGCUCGAACUCUCAGAGAAUGGAUUUCAUCUGCACUUGGGCCCACUGCAGUUGCAAAGCAUAUGGUUGCUGUUAGCACAAAUCUCAUGCUUGUGGAAAAGUUUGGUAUUGAUCCUAACAACACAUUUGCAUUUUGGGAUUGGGUUGGUGGGCGAUAUAGUGUUUGUAGUGCUGUUGGAGUUUUGCCAUUAUCUCUACAAUACGGUUUCUCGGCAGUAGAGAAGUUCUUAAAGGGGGCUUCAAGCAUUGAUCAACAUUUCUAUUCACAGCCAUUUGAAAGCAAUAUACCUGUGCUUCUGGGUUUGUUGAGCAUAUGGAAUGUUUCAUUUCUUGGAUAUCCUGCCAGAGCCAUCUUGCCUUAUAGUCAAGCUCUGGAGAAGUUGGCCCCCCACAUUCAACAGGCAAGUUUGUUGCAGCAUUGUGCUUGA